GAGCGGGCAUGACCACUCUCAUCCUUCUCUCUGGACGGGACGCACGCUCCCUUCGCCGCUUCAACACGUGGAAGCAAGGAAAUAAACUCUCUUACAAAGAAAGAAUAUGACAUCCAAUUAUCAUUCCUCACAUUGCGAGAAUGAUGUCAAAUAUCCUUAUACUGACAGAGUAGCGGUAGAAGAGGAUUAUGUUGAUUUCAUCUAUCAAUUUGUGAAGGAUAGCAAUAUAUCCACAAAGGACUGUAAGAAUACUGCUAGCAUAAGUAAUAUUCGUAAUAAUAUAAUUGGAACACCUAGCAAUUUUCCAAGCCAUGAAGAUUUUCUUUUGAAGAAGUAUGAUGUUGAUAUUUCAAUAUCUCCAUGGCAGAAACAAGUGCCAUAUAAUUUUGUACCAGAGUUUAAAAGAGAUUAUUAUUUUCAUCAUAUUGGUAAGUGA